AUGUGUCUCAUAACUGUCUGUCCAGGGAAAACCACCCCCCGCUUUAUCCAAGAUGUCCUCUGUUAUGAUCCUGCGCACCCUCCUAGCUCCGGCUUCAACCUCUUGACCCAGGUACCUCCCGCCUUCCAGGACCCCAAUGACUAUCCGGAACUCAUCUCCCCGAACGCCUGCCCCCAUAGGUAUAUCACCAAACAUAACCAGACCAAGCUUCCCCCUGAAGGCUUCCAGGCUGGGCUAAGGGCACCUUACAAGAUUUCCGCUGUCUGCUUGAUAUGCCGCUUUCAUUUGGAAAUCAAGACAUCACAUAUGACAGAAUCGUCCCAUUGUCCUAGUCAGCUACACCAUCUUGUUUACUCGCAUAGCAAUCAUCACGAUACAAGCCCUUUCCGCAGCAAAGGCCAGCAUCAGGAAACUCACUUCUACCGUUGUUCGUAUGCGACAUGCGCCGUGAUCAUCACCCUGAACAUACUCUCUCCAGUGCUAGCGCCGCGAUGGGUAGAUCUUUUGAUAAAUCCGGAGCUGUUAAAGGCUAGGACCGACGAGGCCUUGAAUGCAUAUCCUGAGCGACUAGAGGGUCAUAUUCGACCAUUUCCCAUUACCGUGCUGUCAAACCUUCGCGCAUACAUAGAAAAUGCCUUACAUGAGCCCCAGAGAAGCAAGCCGAUAUGCCUAAACAAUAAACGUUUUGUUGUUUGCUUUGGCGUCGAUGGCCGACCGUGCCGGGAGCUGUUGGAAUUUCUUGAAUUUACUCCAGGGGAAGAUUCCUGGAAGCCUCCAUCCCCUGAUACAAGCGCGCCAAUACCGUACGAGAAGGCUCUGAAUGUAUUUCUUGACAACGUGUCAAAUGAACUCCUCGUUCUCAUCCACCAAAGACCAGAGCAUGAGAAAGACGGUCAAUCACGAGAACCCAAAUUCGAUCCUGCCUUGAAGAAAUUCAGUCAGCUCCUGGGUUCAUCGACCUACGACAGGGUAUACUCUAACUCAUCGGAAAAUCAGGACACGGGAAGAUUUCCAUAUUAUGAGGAUCUCGGGGUGACGGAGGAUAUGUCUGCUGAUCUCAUCAUUGAGGCAUAUAAUCGACAGAUCGAAACUGAUCCACGACGGGCUCCUUAUUAUCUCCGAUGUCUACGAUCUAUAGGGGGAUGGAGACGUAAUUCAGACGGGGCAAAAAUUGACCAUCUUGUCACAUUGGAGUGUAGUGGCUAUCGAUACGCUGAUGACGAUAUACCACGCGCAUAUAACUAUUUUCAACUAGAUUAUCGCAAUCGAAACCUGACUGAUGAUGACAUUAUCGGAUCUUUCUUUGCUCUUCUUCGUGAUACCCCGAACGACACGGAACCAAGACAGCAACUCUGGAGAAUAGGUGACAGUCGAGGCAGUGAGAAGAUCAAAUCAGUGGCAGAAGAGCGUAUAUCCACCGUGGAGCAAGCGCUAGUAUAUCUUGGUGCAGAGGAGAAAACCUCUGAUGAUUUCAUUGUUUCCAUGUACGCUGCAAAGGUCAACGACCAACCAGCGAGUAAAGAGCUCGCGCGGAAGGCUGUUUCUUUGAUCGCCGAGGCACGCAAAUCCGACUCCCUCAAAUACUUCCUCAAUACUGGCGAAACAGUGACAGCGGAAAUGGAUGUAGGCGAGGCUUUUCGACUCUUGCAAAUCCCAGAUCGGACUGUCGAUGAUGCUGCGAUUCUUGCUGCAUUUUCUGUAUGUUGCUCAGAGGCUCCCGGUCAAAUCGACGCGUAUAGAAAAGCCCUGGAUGUCAUUGCCAAAGAGAAAGGAAGUGCAAUGAUAAGCAGCACUCUAGCACAAGACGCGGCACAAGCAAACCGCGAUCUCAAAGAAUGGCCUGUCGGGCUGCAAAAUAUUGGAAACACUUGUUAUCUCAACAGCUUGCUCCAAUUUUACUUCACAGUGACCCCUUUUCGCAAAAUGGUGGUUCACUUUGAUGACUACAGGAUGCCUUUAGAUGAGGCGAGUCUCGCGAAGAAGAAGAUCGGAUCUCGAAAAGUCUCAAUUGCAGAAAUAAAGCGGUCUCAAAAAUUUCUCCGGGAGCUUCAAUCACUGUUUAAAAAGAUGAUCUCAUCACCUACUUCAUCUGUCACGCCUGAGCAGGAACUUGCACGUUUAACUCUCAUUAGCUCUUCAAACGAAGCAGCUAUCCGGAGGAAAUCCAUAAUAACUCACGGUCGUACCAGCCUAAGUGAGAUAAAUGGCUUGCCCGUUAUCGGACCACUAGGACCUCCGAGCGCUACGACAGACUUGCCCAGUGAUGGGACAAUGGCUGACCCGAGUAGUAAAGGGCAAGAACCUAAUGACGCAGACAGCGAUGUAACGCUUGUUUCAUUAUCUGGACAGCCAGACAAUGAGGAAUCAGGGGCUGACAACAAGGAAAACGUGUCGCGUGGUUCUCAGGAUAUAAUUGUUGAAAUGAAAGAAGUAAAUGAUUCCAAGAAUACAGAUGUAGCGACGGGUGAUCCUUCCCGGACUUUCGGACCCAUAGCCCCUCCGAGCAGGGCUCCCCCUCCUGUACCCCCUCGACCAGUACCACAAGUUGAUCCACAGCAACAACUCAGAGAUGAAGUUGAGCUCUGGGCGCAGCAGGAUGUUACAGAAGUUAUUAACAACGUUCUAUUCCAGACUCAAUGUGCUGUCAAACCGAUCAGAUUCGACAAAGACGGAGAGCAGCUCGACGUAGUUACCGAUUUGUUUUAUGGCAAGACCGUUACCUACCUUACUACAGAAAAUGGGGUUCGAUCCAAAGAAGAGUCUUGGUCAGAUAUCAAGGUCGAUGUUGCUACCGGUUCUAAACACAUAUAUUCUGCAAUUGACGGCGCCUUCGAUAUGCAAAAGGUAGAGGUUGACGGCGCUGAGGUGGAGCAAUACGGCACCAUCAGCAGGGUGCCUCCAGUUCUGCAAAUACAAGUCCAGCGCGUCCAGUUUGAUCAAGUCAAGAAGACUUCGUUUAAGUCGACUCAUCACCUGGAGUUGAAAGAAAUGAUAUUCCUAGACAGGUAUAUGGAUAGUAAUAAACACCACAUAGAUGACAGACGCCGUGAAUGCUGGCGGUGGAAGGAGGAACUUCUAAAGCUAAGAGCGCGCAAAGAUGAACUUUUAUAUAAUGAGAGUUGGGAAUGUUUGCCUGAUGUGUUCAAGGACGCAAAAGCCCACGUUCAAAAUCUGAUGGCUAUGAAAGAUGACCCUGAGACCGCAGGAGAGGCAAUGGAGAUCGAUGACGGGGUUUUAUCACGUCUCUCGGCAGUGGAAGAGAUGACAAGGGAUGAAAUCAAAUGCAAUCAAUUCGCCGAUCUUCGUCAUCUCGCCUACAGCCUGUAUGCUGUCUUCGUACAUCACGGCUCCGUUGAAUUUGGCCAUUACUACAUCUACAUAUUUGAUUUUGACAAGAACUUGUGGCGAAAAUAUAAUGACAGCGAAGUAACCGAAGUCCAAAGUAAAGCGGAAAUUUUCGAGAGGCAGAACCUACACAACCCCCCCACCCCUUACUUCCUCGUCUACGUCAACGAACGCAUGAAGGAACGUCUGGUUAAGCCCGUCAAUCGCGAAAUCGAAGAGAUAAGUCCCUGUGUGGUGUCGCCGCUACCAGCACCGGCACCGGACUCAGAACCAGUGAAGGUGGUACGCGGCCAGCAAGCCAAUGGAUCCGGACCGUCGCAAACGGAAAUUUCAGCUAGCAAGGAUGUGAAUAUGGAUGAACCCCCGGCGUACAAUGAAAUAGAAUAUGAACCUGCUGCAGGUAUGAACAAUGCCAAAGGCGCAGACGCGAUGGCGAUGGCAAAUGGCAAAGCCACUACCACUUCUUCCACUGCCACCACCACCGCCGCCGUUGCUGUCGCCGCUAGCACCGCUGCCACUCUCAAAGGAAAAUGGAAUAAGAAGUUUGCUAACCUCCCCUCUGUGUCCUGGUAG